AUGGAGUUCAUAAACGACUCGUUGGUCGGUGGAUCAGACCUGGACCUGAGAGCCUUCCACUUCUACAACGACUCUCUGCUCUUCCAGAACAACUUCAGCGGUGGGUUCAACGAGACCGACGCCUUCCUGCCUGCCGGUGUCAAGAUCACCAUCGUUGUAGUCUACAUGAUGGUCUGCGUGGUGGGGCUGAUGGGUAACUGUCUGGUCAUGUACGUCAUCAUUAGGUACACUAAGAUGAAGACAGCCACCAACAUCUACAUAUUUAACCUGGCCCUGGCUGACUCCUUGGUUCUCGCUACCUUACCAUUCCAGGGAACAGACUUGUUCCUGGGCUUCUGGCCGUUCGGUAACGCCCUCUGCAAGGCCGUGGUCUCCAUCGACUACUACAACAUGUUCACCAGCACCUUUACUCUGACCGUGAUGAGCAUGGAUCGCUACGUGGCCGUGUGCCAUCCGGUCAAGGCCCUGGACAUGAGAACGCCCCACAAGGCCAAGGUGGUCAACAUCUGUGUGUGGGUCCUGGCGUCGGCGAUAGGGGUACCGGCCAUGGUGUUGGGAGAUGUGGAGGUGGAACAUAACAGUAGCUCAAUUGGGGUGAUGUCGGAGUGUAUCGUAGUCCUCCCGGACCCUCGUAGCUACUGGGACCCGGUGUUCGGCACCUGCGUCUUCCUCUUCUCCUUCCUCAUCCCGGUGGCCAUCAUCAGUGUCUGCUACAGCCUGAUGGUGAAGCGCCUUCGCAGCGUCCGCAUCCUGUCCGGCUCCAAGGAGAAGGACCGUAACCUGCGCCGCAUCACUCGCAUGGUCCUGGUCGUCGUGGCAGCCUUCGUGGUCUGUUGGACCCCCGUCCAGAUCAUGGCUCUGGCCCAGUCGUUGGGCUUCAACCUGAGUAGCCUCCUCACCAUGGCCCUGAUGCACUUCUGUAUCGCGCUGGGCUACGUCAACAGCAGUCUUAACCCAGUUCUCUACGCCUUCCUGGACGAGAACUUCAAGAGGUGCUUCAGGGAGUUCUGCCACCCGGGUCCGUUCCGCCUGGACAGCCGGCAGCAGUCGGGUCGGAUGAGGAGCAUCGCCCGCGAGGUGGCCUACAAUUGCAAGACGGCGGACGGGAAUACAAACCCCGCAUGA